AGACACAUUGGCAGUUCUCGAGAGAUGCUUUCGACUACUAGCAAGUACUCGGAGGAAUUCAGUGCCAAAUACUCCAUCAGCAACUGCUGGUACAAUGCUGAGUCGUUGUCUCAAACGACCUAUCUUUGACCUCAUUAAGCACCGUGUGACUCGCAUGGACCACAAUCUCUUUGACGUGAUUUGGCCAUCAUUGCAAAAAUAUCAUUCAAAUUCCCAAAAUAGUAGAACUCUUGACAGUGCCUAUAUUGCUCCUGAUUAUGAAUGCUAUGUAGUUUUUGCUGAAUUUUUAGAUCCUUAUAUUAGAAAUCUGCACUGUGUUACAACAACGGGAGAAUUACCGGAUCAAUAUUAUCCCUGUUUCUUCAGUGAUAUCGGUACCAAAGAUGAAAAUGAAAAUUUCCAGGAAAACAUUCAUGCAAUUGCAUCCUACGAUAUUGAUCCAUCUGGAAAAUAUAUAUCAGCAGCUACUAUUGAUGCGUGUCGUAAUUUGGAAAAUUUUUCUCUUCCAUUAACAUUAACAAUCAAUCAACUGGAAGAAACAGAAAAGCGAAUUACUGGAAUAUUAAUGAGUAAUGAAAUGUCAGUAAUUAUGGCAGAGGGAUCUAGUGAAGACGAAGCAGGAAACUACUAUACUUUGAAUGAAGUUUUAGAGCGACCAAGUAAUAUAAGAGUUAGAUUAGAAGCUGCGGGACUUUUAACUCCCAUAAAUGAAACAGAAAUGAGUAAUGAAAAACGUCUUCAUGGUAAACAUUGGCCUUACGGACGUGGAGUGUAUGUUGCUGCUGCGGGAGAUGUUGCAGUGUGGGUUAAUGUCCAUGAUCAUAUAAGAAUUAUUGCUUGUACUGAAGAAUCUAAACCCGGACAGAUAGGCAAAACUUAUGUGAGAAUAGCAAAAAUUUUAACUAUUCUAGAUCAAAAGUUAGCUUUUAAAAGACACCCUAAAUUUGGAUUUUUAAGCGCUCGGCCUUCUUCUGUCGGAAAUACUUUACACAUUACAGUAGUGGCUAAAUUAUCUGGAUUAUCUAAAAAACCAGAAAAUUUAAAACAUCUAUGUAUUGUUAGAGGAUUAAAACCAGUUGAAACAAUGAGAACUGAUACCUGGAAAAUUAGUAACCAACAGUGUCUUAGUAUUACUGAAUUACAAACAUUACAAGACUUUAUUCGAGCAAUAGUUAAUAUUUUGAAAUUAGAGAAAGAAAUAGUAAUAACAAACUCUAUGAAUAUUACUUCAAUUUUUGCUAACAUAUUUCGUAAAAAAAAAUCAUCAAGUCGUAAAUUUAAACGGUAA